AUGGCUGCGUUGAUGAUGGUUAGAGAUAUAAAACAACGUAACGACGGGAACGAAGAACAUGAACAACAGGAUACUGGUCGGGUUAUUCGAGACAUUAAAAACGUGUAUCCUGAAGUUAUUGAUUUAUUUAGAGGAGUUAAUGAUUCAAUUUCAAAACAUUCUAUAACCCUCGAUGAAGAGAAUAAAUUAACAGAUUAUAUAUUCGUCAUUAUUGCAGAAUUAAUGAAGAGAAUAAAUGAAAAAGGAAUUGGUGAUAUCAUUAAUGUCAGCGAUGUAAUGAUGAAAAGAAAUUUUGACUCAUUAUUUACAGAACCGAAAACAGAAUAUAGUCUUUAUGACGUAAUUACUGAAUUAAUGAAAAAGAUUAAUGAUAAUAAGAGUUCUGGCGGAAGAGUUGAAUUAGAAGUGAAUGAUGUUAAUGAGAAAUUAGCCGAAAAAGCAGACAAAAAUGAGCUUUUAGCUCUGAGUGAUAAAGUCAAGAACCACGUUCAUUAUAUAACUUCAGACGAACAGAUUAUAACGGACUACCAUGGAUAUUUAACACAGGAUGAACAAAUAAGCACUGAAGAUGUUAAUGAAAGAAGAUAUAAAUUCAUUCGUGCUAAAGGUUAUGACAUAUACUGUACUGUACAGUAUGACACAGGUAAAGCACCAGAAGCAUUUGGUUAUAACAAUGAAAUUUAUGCUUCAUACUUCUUUGUUAACGGUGUAUUAGUUGAACCAAGAUUUACUUUGAGAGUUAAGGCAAAAAUAACUUUUGAAGAUGCUAUUAAAAGUAAAGCCAGCAAAGAUGAACUUGAAGCAAUGAACAAAGUUUUGAAAUCUCAUAAACACAAUAUCUCCGAUAUAAAUGAACUUCAAGCUACAUUAAAUAGUAAAGCUGACAAGAACCAUACACAUGAAUCCUUCACUACUGUUAGAGCAGACGACAUAAUAUUGAACUAUACCCUUGGUUCAAGUGCACCUUUAGAGAAUCCAAGUACAAGCGUAAAAGAUACACUAAACUCCUUAAAUAGUAAAUGUAUGAACAUUGAAGGUCAUGCCAGAAACUUUGAAACACAUGAACUACCAGCAAUGUUAGAUAAGAAAGCUGACAAAGAACAUACACAUAACUCCUUCUCAACUGUUGCUAUAGAAAGUAUUGAAGGAACGGUUGGCGGAACUGGUGGGGAUGCAUUAUAUUAUAAACCUCCUAACUUUCCACAAGGUUUAACAUCGAAUGAAAACAUAACAACGAAGAAAGAAAUUAGCUGUAAAAAUGUUUAUGUCAUGGAUGAUGAAAAUAAUGUUAAA